AUGCCCUGGGAGGUGAAGCAUCGGGCAGUUUUCUUGCUGUUGUCGACAUUGAAAUCGCAUGAAGUUUCAGUUGGUGAUGUUUUGCUGUAUGUAGCUUUAGCUGGAGGUGACAGUACCAUACGAGAUUACACACAUAGCAAUCGGCCAGCAGCUACAACAAAACGGUAUCAAUACAGAUACCGGGCCGAUUGGGGCUCCAGACCGCCUUGGCAGAAUCCUUCCACAAUUUCAGAAAUGGGACUUCGUUCCCAGACACAAUCUGCUGGUGCGGGGGAUCUGAAUCCAACGGAGAAUAUCCUGGUAUUCUACGGCUGCACUAGUUUAUUUGAGCUGAGCUGA